AUGGAUUGUAUUCGUAUUGGAUCACAACAUAAAUGUCUUUGUCGAUAUAAAUUUUCUGAAUAUAAAACUGAUUUUACUGAAGUUCUAACUGAACGACCCAUUCUUAUUUCAUGUCGUUGUGUAUCAUUUGAAUAUGUUGCAAAUGCAUCUGAUACAAGUGAUCCUAAUUGUCGUUGUAAACAUUCACUUGAUACUCAUGGAACACGACCACCUUACACAUGUCAAAAAAAUUGUAAUUGUACUGGAUUUCGCGCACCAUUUAUAUGCAUAUAUGGUGAACAGGCUUAUAAACAUAUAACAUUAGUUGAAACAAAACAAGAAAGAGAACAACGUGGUCAUCCAACUGGAUAUGCAACACCAUAUAAAGCGAUGAAUGGUUUAACAGGAUUUAGUUCAUUAGCUGAAGGAUCUCUAAGACUUGUCCUAGUGGACGAAGUUAGAAAGAAAAAGAUAUUAUAUUAUAAUUUAAAUAUUUAA